AUGAAGCCAUCCGCCCGACGUCGAAUCCCGCCCUCCUCGUUUGCACGCAUUGCACCACAUCCUGCAGCACCACUCCCGUCUUCAAGUGAGCCAUUUACCGCCAGCCAAUCUCGAUCUCGUUCGCGCCGCUCGCCCUCCAAUCCGAGGCGAUCUUCGCGCCCUUCACCGCCGACUUCUUCUUCAUCUUCCAUGACCGCAACCACGCCCACCACGACAGCAUCAACGUUUACCAGCAACGGUUACAUACCGCCCCUCGAUCCAGCUCUAGUCCACUCGACCGGUACCUACGUGCCGGGCUUUACGACCACCGCGCCGCUAAGCGCCACCACCAACCCCAUGGGGUAUCCCUACGUGUCUCUACCAAUAAUGGAUGAGCCUCUGAUACCAACCUCAUCUGCAUACUCGUUUACGGACGACAUGAUGUUUGCCGCCGACAGUGGCUUUGUGUCGGACUCGAUGUAUACCGGGUUUGAGGAUAUGGACGCUCUUCCGGAAGAUUGGUCGACUUUUUUCUGGAAUGAUUCAUGA